ACAGUUGGCGCGCUUCAUGAAAGUUGCGUUGCGAAUGUGCGACUGAUGGUCGAGGAUAGGUCCAUUGAAGGUAUAAGCUUUUAGAAAUCGCAAUCUUAUGUCCCUUUGGGAUAUCCAAGGCUUUAAGGAUGGUGCAGGAUGAAGUCACCAGUUCCAUAUCUCAAGGGGGCUGAAAGAGGGAGCAAUCGACGCGCGCUAUCCAAAAAGGACAGUGGUAUUGUUUCUCGUUAAAUUAGUAAACUGUUUUGAUCGUAAAUUACGUAUCAAAACUAAGAUUUACACUUUAAUUGAAUCUACUCCAGUUAAGGUGAUAUUUUACUGAGUUUUUUAGGCUUUUGUGUAUUUAUUACACUCGGAAGCAUUCUUGGUCGUUAUCAAAGUACUUUAGUUAAGGUUUGACAUCUUGCUAGAGUUGUCUUGUGGUUCAUACUGUGAUCAUAUUGUGUGUUACACCUUGAUCAUACUAAAAUGGUUGGUAGUACCCACAAAUGUGGACAGCCAAACUGCUUGUUCCCUGUGGAGGAGGGAAUGCAGUGUGACGAAUGCAAUAAUGGUUCCACAAAAUGUGCACCCGUUUAAGUCCCACUGCAUAUAAAAGAUGUUCGAAGCCUAACUCACAUUGGCUUUGCAUGUUUUGCUGUGCCAACAAGGCAUUGCUAAUACAGGAGGCUAUGAGCCUAUUGGCUUUGGCCUGUAAGAAGAAUGAUGGCAUAUGUGCCGACAACACGGGCACUGACAGUGAUGAAUGUGUCAGUGUUGUUACGCAACGCCUCAAAAAACCGACUCUGAACGACGCAAAAGUGAAAUCUCCGUUGAUAUUAACAGGGGGAGUAGUACCACCUAGUACUGACAUUGUUAAUCAUGCACCUUUAGUGGGAACCGACGAUCUGGAUAAAACAGUCACCGUUCCAAAUAGUCCCAGUGUUACUAGGGAUGAAAAAUGGACUACGGUACGUAGAAAACGAAAUGAAAAGAAAAAAGCUGUAAGCAGUACACAGGUAGUUAGUAACUCAAUGGUGGACUCAAAUUGUGAGCCACAAGUUGCACUACCAAGAUCUGAUCGUAAGAGUGAAACCCAUCCUGGCGUAACUGAGAAGAAAAAUUUAAUAACAUCGAAUAUUAUUGUGAGCAAUUUGCGAGAGUCAAAUGACCCUGAUCCGAAAAUUAGACACGCGCAUGACUUAGAAAAACUAGGAGAAUACAUUCGUAGUAUUUUACCAGAUAACUCCAAAGGAGUUCAGGUUAAAAAGUUAGUAAGAAUAGGCAAGAGGACCGAGGACAAUGUUGAACCCCGUCCAUGCAGACUCCUUAAGGUAAUCCUAGGAUCGGAGAAGCAACGGGAUCUCUUGUUAAGUAGCGCUCGUUGUCACGACAAUUCUGACAUCCGAGUUAGACCUGACAUAUCUCUCGAAGAUAGAAUAAAAAGGAAGAAAGCACUAGCUGAACUUGAAACCCGUCGGCAAAACGGCGAGGAAAAUCUCCGGUUAGUGGGUUUUCGGAUAGUCAGGUCUUGGAAGCGAAUGCUACCAAGGCCUGUGUGGAUAGGCUGUUCUACUUAGGAGUUUUAUAUGCCAACGCUCGUAGUCUACGAAAUAAGUUCUAUGAACUAGAAGCACUAGUGGACAGGGUAAAGCCACUCAUAGUAGCAGUGACAGAAACUUGGUUAGUCGAUGACUUAGACAUUACUCCAGAAUUAUCCGGAUAUCACUGCAUCAGGAGUGACAGACAUAGAUGUAGGAAAGGAGGCGGCGUCCUGUUAUACAUAGCUAAUAGCAUAAAUAUCCGCUCCUCUACUAGCGAUUCCCAUGAUAGCGGUACUUGUGAAGUCAUUAGCUGUAAGUUGGCUAUCGGAUGUAGUACAUUUAUGCUCGGUGUCAUCUAUCGCAGCCCAAUCUGCCUAGCUGAUGACUUUGUUUUAGAGCACAUUCAUCUUUGGAGUGAAAAUACCAGAUGUUUGAUAAUAGGAGACUUUAACGCACCUGAUAUUAGUUGGACUGAUAUGACCACAGCAGGAUCUAUAAACUCCUUUGAUAGUAGGUUCCUGAUAACAAUAAUGGAGCAUGCACUAGUACAGCAUGUAUCCCAACCCACACGUUUUGGUGUUAACCAGGGUUCUUCUCUGCUGGAUUUGGUAAUCACUCAUGAGACUGAGGAUAUUGUCGACUUCAAUAUUCUCCCGCCGUUAGUAAACAGCAACCACGCUGUUUUGUCAUUCACGUUUCGUACUAGGGACAUGUUAUACGAUCAGGUUACACCUCGCCCAAAUGUAUGGAAAGCUAACAUAUCAGCCAUUCAGGAAUGUGCUGCUAAGACAAAUUGGUUAGUAGAUACUAGCAUAUCAGUUGAAGAAGCAUGGUCUGUAUUUAAAGGUAAAUUUAGACUAGUUACGUCCCCGUUCAUACCAUACCUGGUACCGCGAAGACCGAAUAAUAGUCCACCAUGGAUAACUAAAACGGUCAGGAAACUCCUUAGAAAAAGGAAGAAUCACUGGGAUAUGUUCAUCUCUACUGGCUUAGAACAAUACAGAUCCAGUUAUUGUAAGAUUAGGAAUGCCUGUAAAGCGUUAAUAAGUAAGACUAGACUAUCAUACGAAAAACAAUUGGUUAGGGAUUCUAGAUAUAGUCCGGAACGGUUAUUCUCGUAUAUAAAAAGGCGAACUAAGAGAAGUGAUGGAAUUUCAUCACUUUUGAUCCGUUAAUCUUAGCAGACAAUGAUGCCGAAAAAGCUGAAGCUUUAUCGGAAUACUUUAGUAAAGUGUUUUCUAUCGGUAAUAAGGAACGACCAAUGAUUCGUUGCGACCGUGACGGCUCGCUGAUGGAUCCUGUAGUCAUUGAGAAAGAUACUGUUUUAAGGCUACUCCAGCAUUUCAAACCUGAUAAGUCCAGUGGUCCUGACGAUAUUCAUCCUAGGAUUAUGAAAGCCAUAUCAGAUGAAAUUGCUGAACCAUUAGCGAUACUAUUCGACAUGUCUCUGAGACAGUCCAAACUGCCUAGAGACUGGAAAGACGCCAUAAUAAGUCCGGUGUAUAAGGCUGGGGGUAGGGAUUUAGUUAGUAACUAUAGACCCGUUAGCUUAACUAGUGCAGUUGUAAAACUGAUGGAGAAAAUCAUUCGGAUAGCUGUUAUAAACUAUGUUGAAGGGCAAAAUCUUUUCUCCAGGGAACAACAUGGUUUUCGGAAAGGCCUAUCUUGCUUGACAAAUCUUCUCAUUGCACGAGAAGAUUGGGCUGCCGCAAAGGAUCGGAAUGCUCCUGUGGAUGUGAUUUUCAUAGAUCUAAGUAAAGCCUUUGAUAAGGUUUCCCACUCUGGUCUUAAAUUCAAACUGAAACGUUUUGGAAUCCAUUAUACAGUCGUCGAUUGGAUAAGUAACUUUCUCCAUGACAGGAGACAAAGGGUAAGGGUUAAUGGGACUCUCUCCUCGUGGGUACCCGUAAAAAGUGGGGUUCCCCAAGGUACAAUCCUGGGUCCUCUUCUCUUUUUACUUUAUGUAAAUGAAUUGCCAACUGUAGCAAAAUCAUCCGUUCUACUCUUCGCUGAUGACAUAAAGAUUUGGAGACCCAUACAUAGUAUGUCGGAUAGGAUAGUAUUACAGGACGAUCUUAGCUCAUUGGUGGCAUGGUUAGAUAGGUGGUCACUAGAAGUAAAUCCUAAUAAGAGUGUAGUGAUGCAGUUAAAUAACUCUGAUGAAUCGUAUGACUAUACACUACGUGGAUUCGUGCUACCAAAAGUAAGAAACUAUAAAGAUUUAGGAGUCAUAUUAAGCAAUGAUCUCAAAACGACUAGUCACUGUAAGGCUGCUGCUGCGAAAGGCUAUAGGGUAUUAUGGUCAAUUCGUAGGUCUUUCCAGUAUUUAGAUGAUGAAAUGUUUAGAUUACUAUACCCGAUUUAUGUGCGACCACAUUUAGAAUACGGGAUUCAAGCAGCGUGUUCUUGUUUCAAAUAUGAAGCAGAUAUGCUAGAAAGAGUCCAACGACGAGCUACUAAGAUGGUACAAGGUCUAUCUGGCCUAUCUUAUGAAGACAGACUGAGACAUCUUAACUUAUUUCCGUUAUCUUACCGUAGAAUAAGGGGUGAUCUAAUAUUGGCCUAUCGUAUACUGAACGAUGACCUUGGUAUUAACAUGUCUUAUCUUUUGCUCCCGUCUAGAACCGAUCAUUUGAGAGGACAUUCGAAGAAAGUUCAAAAACCGAGAUCAAACCGUUUACGUCUAGACUUCCGUUUCUCGCACCGAGUAGUGAAUUACUGGAAUUCUCUACCGGAACACGUAAUAUCAGCACCAUCUGUUAAUAUAUUCAAAACGAGAUUGGACCUCCACUGUAUUACAAACUGCAAGGAUUAAUAUAGGUCGACAGACCUCCUAUCCUUAUUACUGAAGACUGAAGUAAAAGAAAACACGAGAGGCAGAGUAGCCAAUAUUCAUGAAGGAAUGUUUAAGGUAUAUGUUAAGAAAGAGCAUUUUAAUAGGUUAAAGAAAAUAAGUGUUGACAAGGUGUGAGUGGACAUACAACUGACAAAUGGAGGCGAUUCGGAAAUUAGCUGAGAGUAUAAGAUUAUGUGUGAUUAUAAAAUAAAAUAUAGUGCUAGAAACAGUAUUGUGAUAUAUAUUUGGCUGUCUUCCCUUUGUUAUCGAAGCUAUUAGAACCCCUUUCGUUUUUUUAAAUAUUUUCCCC